GAACACAACUCUUUCCGCAAACGUCACAUUGGCGGGAAGUCGAUACGCUGUCAGACGAGACAUUUAAACUUCACCAAAACAGCUCUGGAGGUGCAACUAACCAACUAACGGACCUUUGAGACGCUUACAGCUGUUUCCUGAACUUAGAGCAACCAUGUCUACUACUUCUGUAUCCAAGGGCUGCUUUGUUUUUAAACCGAGUGCAAAGAGAAAGAAGCAGGAUCUCGAUUUGGAGAGUCACUUCAUCAGGGGCUGUGAGGAUGCUGAGAGCAGUGAAAUCCGCUUCAAACUCUUCCAGGAUCUGUGGAAUGACAUCAAAAAUGACACUGAGGUUUUACAGAACGACCUCAACAGAAGAAUCUCGGACAGCUUGCUUGAGUUCACCAGGAAGUGUUCUUCCACUCGGCAUCACAGCGACUGGGCCUCACGGAUGAGGGCCAGUGAAAUUCCCACAGCCGCUCUUCUGCUGGGUGUGAACAUGCCAGAUCAUGACAUGACCGUUCAAAGUCUCUCUGACCUGCUCCGGCAGUCUGUCACCCCUCAUGUGGCCGCCGUUCAGGCCAAAGAGUGCGGAGCAUUGAAGCAUUUGAUGAAGACGGUCCUGGAGAGGUUCAUGGAUACAGAGGUGGAUGUAGAUGAUGAAGAUGAGGGGGCUCCUGAGCAGACCAGUACUCAACUCCACAAGAGCACCCGCUGCUCUCUCGGUACACUCUGCGACUGGUACAUCUCAAAAACAAAGGAAUCCAACAGUGGGACACCUGGGAAGAAGCGCAGUUCUGCAGUCGUGCAUGAACAUCAGCAUCAGCAGCCUCCUCUUGUAAUCAUUUUUAAAGAUUUUGAAGCUUUUAACCCCAAGGUUCUUCAAGACUUCAUACUCAUCUGCAGUCGGUACAUCGAGCAUCUCCCACUCAUGUUCAUCUUUGGGAUCGCCACGUCGCCCAGCACCGUGCAGCACAUGCUGCCUCACUCCGUGUCCUCGCUGCUGUGCAUCGAGCUGUUCCAGUCCCUGUCCUGCAGGGAACACCUCGCCACGGUCAUAGACAAGUUGAUCCUGUCGCAUAAGUUCCCUUUUAAACUCAGCAAGAAAGUAGCGCAGGUGCUGACCAACAUCUUCCUCUACCACGACUUCUCAGUCAAAAACUUCAUAAAGGGUCUGCAGCUGGCUCUUCUGGAGCACUUUAACUCACAGCCGCUCAGCGUGCUGUGCUGCACCAAGGAGGCAGCGUUGCUUAAUGUGAUGCAGCUCAGUCCUGGCAACUUGAAGAGGAUCAGGCAGCUGCCAUCAUUCAAGAGGUACAUGGAGAAACAGGAGAAGCAAGAACAAGUCAACCUGAUGACAGAUGACACUCACUUAAAGGAGGUGUGUCACAAACUGAUAAAAGACCUUCACAAAUAUCACAAAGCCUAUUAUCCCAUUCUGAGGUGUCUCCACACACUGACUUCAUCUUUACCUCGAUAUCCUCUUGGAAAACAGAUCAUGGAGCUUUAUUUGAUAUGUCUAGAAAAUAUUGUGUGGGAGUCUGAGGAAUACCAGUCUGCCAUGAGUCUUCUCAAGAUGCUGGCGAAAGAUGAGUUGAUUUUGUUGCUACAGAAGUGUGCAGAGAUUCUGAAGUCUGUCAAAUCGAAGAGCGUGAAGAAGGCUCUGGUACAGCUGGAAGAACUUCUUGCCAAGUUCAAGCAGCUGGACUCUGCUGCUGCUGAAAUCGUAUCCAGUGAGGAUGAAAAUAUCACCUCUCCAGUGAAAAAUCUUCAAAAGAAAACAAAUUUGUUCCAGCUGCAGAAGACCCUGCUGGAGAUGAACGAGUCUCGUCGAUCCAAGAAACUGAGUCCGUUCGAGACUCUCAGAAAGGAAAGCCUGGAGUUUAUCGACGGCUUGGUGAAGAGCCACCUGUCGCAGCCGGAGUCUCAGACUCUCCAUGAGGUCUGCUACUACAGCUCGUCCGCCACCGUGAGACACCACCUCAACGCAACUCCUCGUACCUCCAUUCAGGAAGCGCUCAGAAAUCCCCACUACUAUCUGCAGAAUGAAACCUUGAAGACGGAGGAUGGGACGCUAUCCAACGCUGCUCCUGACAUCUGCAUUGCGUACAAACUCCACCUGGAGUGCGGCAGGCUGAUCAACCUCUAUGAUUGGCUGGAAUCUUAUGCCACCGUGGUUUCUGGAGCUGAGGCCGACCGUCCAGACUCUGAAGCUUCUGGGAAAGUGGACGAAGUCAGACAUGCUCGUUUCAUCCGCGCCGUCUCGGAGCUGGAGUUUCUGGGCUUCAUCAAGUCAACUAAGAAGAAAACUGACCAUGUGGCUCGACUCACCUGGGGAGGCUGCUGACCACAACCGCCAAGAAAAAACAAACAGCUGCUCUGUUCUGUUUUUUUUCUUUUUAGUUCGUGUGCAGAUCGACUUGUUUUCCAGUAAUAAAUAGUAUUCAGUGCCUGGUUGUCAUGGUGCAAACUUUUUUCUCUCCAUUUUCAAAUGCACGUCAUAUCUGGUGUUGAAUUGAAUA